AUUGCGAGUGUCAUGUGGAGUCUACUCCAAAGUGUCUGACAGUGGUUUAAUGUCAAAAGAACGUUCGGAUUUUGUAAGCUUCACAUAUUUAAUUGGUGACGUGAUUGUUUCUUAAGUUCCAUAAAAUGUUGCGUGUAAUAACGAGACAAGUAUUAUUACAGAGAGUAACAAUUAUCCCUUUACGGACAUUUAGUCAACACGGUGCUAGUCAAAGUAAUCAAUCAACUGUUGUUACAAAUGUGCAAGGUCUCAGUGAGAACAUUGUUAAAGUUCCGAAUACACCUGUAGGACCUGAUGCCUCCAAAGAUAAGGAGUACAAAAAUCCUGAAUACUUUUGCUAUCAUGUGGAUUCGUUUGGAGAAGCUGAAGUGGAACUAGCGAAAUUUAGGUUGCCAGCACCUUCUAAUAAGAGACCGUUCCUUAAAUAAAUUAAGAUCAAACUCCCUUCUCUCCUAGAAUGUAGAAUAUUAUUAAGAUCACAUACUGCCUGUGUAUAAAAAAUAAAAAUAUACGGAAGAAACAAGUAACGUCUUUAAAAACGUGAAUGUUUCUCCACAAAUUAUGAUCA